AAAAUUCGACCUCCAUGUAUAUAUAUUUCUGGACAACCGGCUCUUCUUCCCUUGGCCCUUAUUCCUUACCAUUCCUUGUAAACGUUUACCUCACAGCUUUCUUCUAUAAAAUUCCAUUUUUUUUUUCAAAAAUUUUCAAUAUCCUUUCUUGAAUCCAAAUUUAUUUGUGAAAAAUCAGAGCUAGUCAUGAAUUCCUGCAAAGACUGUAGAUUGUCUCCUUAAAUCCCCCUCUAUUCAUCGUCUGCUGUUUAUUUCUCUCUGCGGAAACUGAAGUUCUUUUGUAUUUUAUGAGAGCUAGGUACUGACAGUCUGUGAGGAGAUAAAGAGAGACCAACUGCUCAGAAACCCACUUGUUGCAAUCUCCGUGAUCUCAUAGAUUUACGAGAUUUUUUAUUCGCCUUUAUCCUGCUCCUUCUGGAGCGACAAUGGUUUAGACCUGCAAACCUUCAACCUUGCAGAGUGUUCACGUCAUGUCUUUCGGGCAGAGUCUUAAGCUGUUUACCACCAAUACAUGAAGUUUCUGCUCCUGGGUUUUAGAAAUGGCAGCUGUAGAGAAGUCCCAUGUUGAUAUAGAGGAAGGAGGUGGUCGUCGUCGUUCUGUUGCUGCAAGCGAUGCAGGGAGUGAGGAAAGUGUCUGCUUCUCCGAUGCUGACGACCGGUCGUGGCACUCCCAGUUCGGUUCCACUGCCUGUGGGUCGUAUGAUGAGUACAGGUUCUCUAGCGUGUCUGAUCCCGAGAAUGUGGAGAGUUCAGUCCCCCGGAGGAACUCUUCGGCGUCGGAUUGCUCGGUGGAGGUAGAUUUAGAAAAUGGGGUUCCGGAGAUUAAAGUGCAUUUAGCUAAAGUAGAGAAAGACUGCAGGAUUUGUCACCUAAGCUUGGACAGCACUAAUCAGGAAUCUGGAAUUCCUAUUGAAUUGGGUUGUUCCUGUAAGGAUGAUUUGGCUGCUGCCCACAAGCAAUGCGCUGAGGCCUGGUUUAAGAUUAAGGGAAACAAGACAUGUGAAAUUUGUGGUUCAAUUGCGCGCAAUGUUGUUGGUGUGAAUGAUACUGAGUUCAUGGAGCAGUGGAAUGAGACAAAUAAUGCUGCAGCACCAGCACCUGCUCCACCUGCUGAGAGUCGAAGCUUUUGGCAUGGCCAUCGCUUCCUUAAUUUUCUGCUUGCCUGCAUGGUCUUUGCCUUUGUGAUAUCUUGGCUCUUUCACUUCAACGUACCUUCGUGAAAACACCAUAAAAUAGAUCCUGAUCUCUCUGUUGCUGUGAUGGAUGAGGAGCAUCAGGCAAGUCCUAAACCUUGGUAUAUUAGAGGGUAUCUCACCUCUACCUUUGGCCCUCCAUUCUCACCCGCAUUAUAUCCAUAUUUGCAUGUUAUAUCCUCUGGUUUGACCAGAGCUCAGGGGGGCAUCCUAUAUCAUCUUAUAUACGUGUUGUUUUUUUUUUUUUUCCUUUUAACAGGACCUACAAUAUCAUAUAUGUAAUGUUAUUGCUUCCAUUACAUGGUUGCCCUUUCUUCCUUUUCUUGAUAACAAUCUUUCUGUUUUCGGACAGUGCUAAAAAAUGUGCUCUGGACAGACUUAGUUUCAUGAAGGCCCUGUUCUCCUA